AUGGAUCUCAAGUUCAGACAUUUCUUUAAUCUGAGAGAGUUUCGAGCGAAUCAAUUGGAAGCCAUAAAUGCGGCACUUCUUGGCAAUGAUUGUCUGAUUCUGAUGCCGACGGGUGGCGGCAAAAGCCUAUGCUAUCAAUUGCCGGCUGUUAUAAGUAAAGGCGUAACUGUAGUGAUCUCUCCACUGAAAUCACUGAUUUUAGAUCAGGUCCACAAGAUAUGCUCGAAAGGCAAAGAUAUGGCCCGAGCGCUGACGGGUGAUCUCGAUAGUGGAGAAGUGAGUCUCAUAUACUCUGAUUUGAGGUCCAGACAGCCCACAGUUAAGCUCCUGUUUGUCACCCCCGAGAAGAUUAGUGCCUCUAUGGCUCUCACCUCACUAUUCAGAGAGUUGUGCGACAAACAAAUGCUGUCCCGCUUUGUCAUCGAUGAGGCCCACUGUGUCAGCCAAUGGGGGCAUGACUUCAGACCCGAUUAUAAGCGCCUUGAAAUACUUCGAGAUGAGUUCCCAACGGUUCCCAUCAUGGCGUUGACAGCGACGGCCACACAGAGAGUGCGUUUGGAUAUAUUGGAACAGUUGGGCAUUCAGAAGGAGUCCACCAAAUGGUUUAUGCAAUCAUUCAAUCGACCGAAUCUCAAGUUCGAAGUGAGACCCAAGAAGAAGACCUCUUAUGACGAGAUACAGAAUAUGAUUAAAAGGGAAUUCAACCUCCAGUGCGGUAUUAUAUACUGUUUGUCUCGUAAGGAUUGUGAUGACUUGUCGAGGAAACUGAAGGCCGAUGGCGUGAAGUGUAACUCAUAUCACGCGGGACUCAGUGAUAACGACCGCAAAGUAAUACAAGAGAAUUGGAUUAAAAACAAAUAUCACGUGAUCUGUGCGACCAUUGCCUUCGGAAUGGGUAUUGAUAAGGCGGACGUGAGGUUUGUCAUCCAUUACUCUAUGCCGAAGUCCAUUGAGGGCUACUAUCAAGAGGUGGGUCGCGCCGGACGGGAUGGAGAGACAGCCCAUUGUAUCCUGUAUUACAGCGGCGUUGACUUCCAGCGCUGGAAGACUCUUCUGAAUAAGUCAUCGACCGGACAAAUGGUCGACACUUUCAUCAAAUUCCUGUAUAUGACUGAAAAUUACUGCAAUAAUCGCGCCGAAUGUCGAAGAGUCCAACUCUUAAGGUAUUUCGGACAGAAGUUUGAAGCGAACAACUGCUCCAAAAACCAGACAACCGCUUGCGAUAACUGUCUGUCCACAGACCAGUACGAGAGCAUCGAUAUAACCGAUGAAGUGAAGGCUAUAUUGCAAUCGAUUGAGAGGUUGGUCGGGAAGUUCGGUCAGAACCGUAAGAAAAACAUCACUCAAACCAAACUCAUGACCAUCUUUUAUGGCGCCGACAAACUG